AUGGCUGUGAUUCUUCUCAGUUUUUUCGCAACGUCAUUGUCCCUUGUAUCAGUGGCUGCAAAUGAACAGAACUGCAGAAAACUUAACUGUAAAGUAUUGCCAGUUGGAGAAAAUCUUGAAUCAGAAUUUAGACUGAAGGCUUCUGAGAAAGGUGUGAGAAUAGUCUACUUGAAUUUGAAAAUCGGUAACAACAGCUACAAUCCGCUGGAGUUACAAGACGAGUUUCUACCCGACAGAUGGGUGUGGGCUCGGUCAAAUAAUGAGCCCAUGCUGUCUUUGCCCUUCGACUUCGAUAUUUUAUCCCUGGGACUUUUGAAUUAUCAAACUGGGAGCAUUACAGUGCCACUGAGAGAUGAACCGAGUGGAUGUCUUGCGGGAUUAAACUCAACAUGUCAGAACACGGCCGUCGGGAGAGCACUGCUGGACAAUGUAACAAGUAAAAGCGGCAACACUGGCAGGGGUGGUCUGUAUUGCAAUGAUAGACAUUGA